GCGGCGGCAGGAAGCGGGGCGGGGACUCGCGGAGGCGUUGGGGAACGAGGGAGGGCGCGGCCAACUCCCGGAGGGACGGCAGGCCCAGAGAGCGGCGCCCCGGCCUGGCGCCGAGCCUGAGCCCGCCGGACGGGAGGCGGCCCCGUCGCGGGCUCGGCCCCGGCCUCAGCCCCGCCAGCAUGGCCGGCCGGACCGUACGGGCUGAGACCCGGAGCCGGGCCAAGGAUGACAUCAAGAAGGUGAUGGCGACCAUCGAGAAGGUCCGGAGAUGGGAGAAGCGCUGGGUGACUGUGGGCGACACUUCCCUUCGUAUCUUCAAGUGGGUGCCAGUGGUGGACCCCCAGGAGGAGGAGCGACGGCGGGCAGGUGGAGGGGCAGAGAGAUCCCGUGGCCGGGAUCGGCGGGGCAGGGGCACCAGUCCCCGAGGGGGUGGUCCUCUCAUCCUGCUGGAUCUCAAUGAUGAGAACAGCAACCAGAGUUUCCAUUCGGAAGGCUCCCUCCAAAAGGGCACUGAGCCCAGCCCUGGGGGCACUCCCCAGCCCAGCCGCCCUGUGUCACCUGCUGGACCCCCAGAAGGGGUCCCCGAGGAGUCUCAGCCCCCACGGCUCGGCCAAGAGAGAGAUCCUGGGGGCAUAACUACAGGCGGCACUGAUGAACCCCCAAUGCUGACCAAGGAGGAGCCUGUUCCAGAAUUGCUGGAGGCUGAGGAUUCAGGAGUGAGGAUGACAAGAAGAGCCCUCCACGAGAAAGGCCUGAAGACGGAGCCCCUCAGGAGGCUUCUGCCCAGGAGGGGCCUCCGGACAAAUGCCCGGCCGACUUCCACGGUGCCGGAUACCAGAGCUCUCGGGGGAGGAAGCAAGACCCCAAGGGCGCCCAGGACGAUCCCCCAGGGGAAGGGGAGGUGAGCUGGCUCCCCAGGCUGGAUGAGGCCCUGAGACCUCCUUUAGCCGUCCCAACAUCCAGCCACCUCCUCGUGCCCCAAGGGCGGAAACAGCUUCUGAGCUCGACACCCGCCACGGGCACAUCAGGGGCAAGUGGCCCUGUGCCUGGCCCUGCCCCGAACCUAAGGUCACAGUACCCAUCUUGCUU